AUGGCGCAAAUUGAUGUUCUCAGAGCAGAUCCGGAGACUGCAGAACGGAAAGCUUUGGGAGAUGGCAUCGGGGAAGAUGUCCUUGAACAGCUCGUUUUUGAGAGCCGUCUCCCCUGGCCCGGGCUCGAGGUCCGUGGCGGUGGCUGCAGGCUCCUCCGAGAAUCAGGGCCAAAGGAUCUCAGGUUUUUUCAUAGUUACAAAGACUCAUCUAAACCUCAGCUGUUCCUGAAGAGAGACAUUUUCAACGCAAGCAGCUGUUAAACUCCGAGUUGGGUGAAAAAUACAGGAUGGAAGGAGGGUGCAGGAUGGCCCCCAGAACUCACGGAAAUACUUGCAGAAUGUAGUACAUCCCUGAUUCUAGUUAUUGGUUUGCUGUCCAGUUUCCCACUGGCCUGUCACCUGCUUGCGGGGGACUUACGCUGCUUUUGUGGCACGUGCACCGGGCGCCUGCCAUGCGGUGGGGCACAGUCAGCACUUGUUGAAGGGACGACACAGAGGUGCGGUGGCAGCCAGCUGCCCCUGCCCAGACCCAGGCUCUUUGUCUCUUUCCCCUGGCAGGGUGGGGGUACUCGCCCUCCUUUUUAAUUUGGAAGAUAAUCUCCCCCUUAUCUCAGCAUUCUCUAAAAUUCAUUUUAUAUCUAUAAUCAAUGAAUUCGCUAACACGAUAAAGAAAUGAUAUGUAUUUUCCACAUUUACUGGGUGAGAUUCUUGGGUUUGUAGCCUGAUGUUUAAAACAGGGCUGCCAUUUGUGUCUAACUCACCUCUGUCAACGUUUCUCCUGUUUGCCGUAUCAGCAACACCCUCCACAGCCGUGGGGAUGUCAGUGGGCUUUGCUGACGCCAUGCUGUGGUCUUAUAAGAACCACUGAUCCUGGCUUCUGGGAACUCUGACACCACAUCAGGCUGCUGCAUUUAAAAUCCUGCACUACCAAGAACUUCAGCUGAGGAAUGUUCGUACUCGGCCUUAAACCCCCUUCUGUUCCUCUGAAACUGAGCACAAAGCGGAAUUUCGGUGUCUGGAUCGUUGCCUCUUCUGACUUCCAACCUGCUUUCUCCAAAAAAGACUUGCCUAGGCUGUCAAUCUUUUUUAUUUUCAUACAUUAGCUCAAAGACGGAGUUUUCCCUUACUGGGGGUUGGCGUGUGUUACAUGCAUGCGGUCUGAGGGCUGGGGUCGCUCACCCCGAGGGAUGGUCGCACAAUGCUCAGUAGUAACAAUCUUUUUACAUAAAAAAAAAAAAUUAAGCAGAAAAUACAGGUUCUCAAUAGCUCAAAUGAUCUCUAUCAUUUCUAUCUGCAGAAUUAGAAUUUACUCCUACAAAUGAUUUUCAAAAAUCCUAUUUAAGAUAAAUAGUAUAAAAAUAAACAAAUCUGUUAUUUUAUUAUAAAUGAAGUAUAUUUUAUGACACUUUUUACAUCCUGAAGGAGCAGGAAAACUACACACGCACUGUCCACGAUUGAAGCUUCAUGGCAUCACAGAAAGCUCCUCCGUACAGGGCGAGGCACCGCUCACUCCUGGUGGGUGGUGCAGAGCACGGACCUCAUCGCGCUAUAUAUAUAUCUGCAGCAAGAAUGGGUGUACUGUUAAGAAAAAAAGACAAACUCAGAAUAAAUCACAAACACACCCACCCACACCCACCUACUGGCAGCCUGUUCAGUAGUUAUUUGUACUUUGCUUAUUUCUAAGACUGCCCUGCACCCCCUUGGCGGACAGUUGGGGUUCCGUGAUGUGGCUUCUCUGCCUCUAGGACGGGUCAUGCUACCACAUUAGCACUGCGGCCCCUGCAGGCUGGAGAGCUCUUUGCGGGGGGCAGGAGGUCUGCUCUGCGCAUGUGGGAUGUUUAGCCCCUGCCCUGGCCCCUCCGUCCCCCACCAGGUGCCAGGAGCACCCCUCCACCACCUCUGCCUCCACCAGACAGGUCUCCGCACAGCACCCAGCAUCCCCUCGGCCCCUGGAGAACUACUGGCCUGGGCUAUGAGACGGGGUCUAGGUGUUCCCAGUGCUGCUGCUGCUGGGGGAGACCCUGCUUGUGAAGAGCAGGCAGAACAACCAUGCCCAUAACCACCCCAUAACCACCAUAACAGCCACAAGAGCAACACAAGCAAAAUGCAAACAACCAGCCACCGCCCGAGCUCCCUGUGCGCCCAGCGCCGGGUGCAGACAAUUCCUUCUUCUCCCGCCAGCCCGCCAGCACAGCCCCCGAUUGUGCAAGCGAGCCCUGACUUGCUCAGAUCGUCCAGCCAGUAGGUGGGGGGCAGUCGGUCAGCUCCUGGAGCCCAGGCCCGGCCAGUGGCAGGGCCCCCCCAGGGGCCUCUGAGAAAUGAGGUGCUCCUUUCAGGGGACGCAUUCUGGCCUCCCUGGUAGCAGUCGGGGGAAAAACUACAAUGUACUAAACCCAGACCUGCAAAUCUGUUAGGCUUAGUUUGAACAAGGCACUUAACUAAAAUAUGUUGGCUAAGUGAAAGCUUCCCAGAAAAAUA